AUGAGUGCAAAUUUGGUUGGGUUUCGUACACUUUCUACCUUUUAUAGUCUUUUUUUGUUCCAACUUCCAACUUCCAACUUCUUCUAUUUUCUCUCUUAAACCCCAAAUAAUUGCUUUCGUUUUAAAAUACGACGAAUCAAAAACAAAGCUUUGUUCCUUUCCCGGCUGAUUCCAACACCCAGAAAAAAUCACUAUCUUCCGACACGGAAACUAAGAAGAUGAAUGUGUUCAGAUUGGCUGGGGAUAUGACCCAUUUGUCCAGUAUUCUGGUUUUACUUCUCAAAAUCCAUACUAUCAAGUCUUGUGCUGGCAUUUCUUUGAAGACUCAAGAACUUUACGCCUUGGUGUUUAUUACCCGUUAUUUGGACAUUUUUGACCGAUUUACAUCAAUAUAUAAUUUUCUAAUGAAAUUAAUAUUCCUGGGGAGCUCUCUCUCCAUUGUUUGGUACAUGCGACGUCACAAAGCCGUGCAUAGAUCAUAUGAUAAGGACCAGGACACAUUUCGCUAUCAAUUUAUCGUGUUGCCUUGUCUGCUGUUGGCACUGGUUAUUAAUCAUAAACUUACAUUUAAAGAGGUAAUGUGGACGUUUUCCUUAUAUCUCGAAGCCGUUGCCAUUCUUCCUCAAUUGGUGUUGCUACAAAGGACAAGGAAUAUCGAUAAUUUAACAGGACAAUACGUUUUCCUUCUUGGUGCGUACCGUGCACUGUACUUGCUAAAUUGGGUCUAUCGCUACUUCACCGAACCUGGCUUUGUCCGCUGGAUAACUUGGAUAGCUGGUCUUGUGCAAACGUUGCUGUAUGCCGAUUUCUUUUACUAUUACAUCCUAAGCUGGAAGAACAACGUCAAACUUGAGUUACCAGCUUAACUUAAAAGGUUUAGCGUUAGAAUCGUGUUAAGCUUUGGCAGAAGGCGAAGAACUUGAAAAUCUCACUGCAUUUUUUAUUUUGUUUUUAUUAAUCUUUUCUGUUAGUUUUGAAUUAGUUCUAGUCUGGGGCUUUAUUUAAAUUAGGAAGACUUGAAUUGGAGAGAGCCUUAGAAAUAUAGUCUUUCAUUUUCAUCCUUUCGUAAGUUUACACUCUUCAAAAGAAAGUUCAAUUCCAAAAUUAUCAUACAUGCAGCUUUCUUCUACAAAAUGGGGGCUCUCGUAAUUGAAGACUGCAGAUGGAUGUAUUUUAUGUCAAAUUAUAAAAACAAUACUUCCGAAAUUUGUCUUUUUUGAAAA